GACUGUAGUCCUCCUGCUUUGAGUGUGGUUCACGUAAUACGCUCAGAACUUUCGGCAUUAGCGGUAAAGCCUAGUAUGCCGGUAGCCGUGAGUUAAUCGGCCGAAAUAAAGAUAUCACGUCAAUUAUUUUUCUAAUAUUCUGAAGUUAGUGAUAGAUAACUCACAUGUCAAUGGUAACCAAGUGAACACUGAAAAUAUUUUGUUAUUUAAAUGUUUAUAAUCGCUGGAAAUAUCUAUUAUACAACGAUAAAGUAAAUCAUAGGUGAUGCCUGGCUGGAGUGAUUGAUGUAUUGAUUCUAGAUUAGACUCGUUCUACUUAAUCUAAUUCACCGCCUAAUCUCGAGCGCUUAUUGAAGCUAGAUAGUGUUCUCCCUUUUUCUAUCACACGCUGAACCUCACAAGUUUGUAAACAGAAAAGUAAUGCAGCAUGGUAUUAUAUCUGAUGUCAGCCUUUAAUGGAGACACUGAUACGAAUCUGUUGACCCAACUCAGAACUCCAGUUUAACUCUUACUACUACCACUUUUGCUUCAUAACUGAUGCCAGUUAUUGAUGAAAAGUUUAUAGGGUGAUAACCCUUAUUCUCAAUAAUGGCUCAACUCCUAGUGUGAGCGUAGACAUAUAGACUUACUCUCUUCUUCCAUCGAAUGGAUAAUUUGACUUGUGGAGGUUAGUUAUUACAAUCAAAGCCAUUAUUUCAUUAUUUUGUAUUUCUAAUUGUUUUAUAACUAAGCGAUGUCAUGAUUGGCUGUUAGAUCUUCAUUGUAAUUCACUUUCACCUCAUCAACGUCUCUUUUCGACUAACAGGGGAUAGCGCUCUUGUUAUUUCUCUUUGUUGUUAAAUGCUUUCAUUAUUAAACGUAAGUGCAUUCUGUGCCUACUGAGUCAUCAGCUCGUUUUUUCUAUGCUUUCUCCUUUGUAUGAUCUCACUUACUGCUCCUAACACUCUCUUAAAACACAAGGUGCCUUCAGGCUAGAUGCAAAUCUACUAAAUGCUGAACGUUAUAUUUUGUGUGGUGUAGUGGUGUCGCGACUCUUGGUGUUUGUGCACUUCGCAAAAUAUUAAUUUAACUGACCAUUUAAUGCAAAGUGCUAUAAUAAGUUUCAAAGGUUCAAACUGUGCCAAUAAACCUUCCAAAAAUGUUUAUUCUGAAACUUGUUCUCUCCGCUCCUAGUUUUGAUUACAAAAUCGCCCCGAAUUCACGAUUUCGCAGAUUUCCGUGUGUAUAUUUUCAGCAAACCUUCAAUAUCAACGCAUAUAUGGCUUAGGUACAGGAAUAUUUUAGACAUGGCUUUAAUUUGGUUUCAUGGGUGAGAUUCGACGUGUUCUAUGUUAUGAUGUGCACAUACUUUUAUAGAGAUUAUACAAUACACUUUGGGUGCAUACAAACUCUCAGAUAGUGUUUUCUCUUCAAAACAAAGUGUGUGAUUUUAAAAGCAUAUUGUGUUACGCAUAUGCAUGUUUAUAUUUCCCAGUUAUUUUCGUUACUAAAUAUAUUGUUGACUGACACUUUCAUGUUUUCUCUCAAAUUGUCUCUCUAAAGUAGCGAAAUGCUCCCAUGUUAAACCCAAACUCACUGACAACUGGAUUUCGCUUAAAUGUCAUUCACAACUGAACGCUUACGUCAGUCCGUCCUCAGAGAGUUCGGAAGGGUCUUCUCUCUGAUUGUAGUUACCAGGACAGAAGAUUCUUCUUGUGGAUGCGCAGCUGUUGAAGGCAAUCGAUCGUGUAGCCAGCAUGUCCAUUUUAAGACAGUUGUUGGUCACGAAGGUGUUCAAAAUUGCUGAAAGUCCUCCGAAGGCGGACUAUGAGAGGUAAGCUACCUUUCUUCAAGCUGUGUUUGUUUUGUUGGAUGACAUAGCUUUCCUGUAGUAUUUCGGACCAGCUGUACUACCGUGAUUGUUUAAGAAAGCAGAUGGCGUAUCGAAUUGAGCUGAUGCAUAUUUCUGCGUUGUACAUUACUGACUGACUUGGGAUAUGACUAAGAACAAAAGGCUCUCGAAUCCGAUGCUGAAGAACAGGAGCCCAAGACAAGCGAAAUCAUGAACUUACGUGCUUGUUGAUGGGAUUUUUGACUAAAUAAUUAAUUUUGAACAUUGGCAAGUUUAGCAGAUUGCAUAUAUGAUCCCACCAGAGUUUAGCUCAUGCUUAUCGGUAAUUAAACAUUGUGAAGUGGAUCAAUCGAAAAAUAUCAAACGAACAAGAUUGAUAAUAUUUGUCCCCAAAGAGACUGUAGCAGUGACCUAUCUUCUGGAAUCUCAAGGUUUUCUUGGUCAACAUUUAUGUACCGCAAGUUUAUCACUCAGUUGGAUUCAAUUAGAUACAGAUUUAUUAACAUUAAAUUUGCCGACGCUAUUUUCAGACUACUAUUUGUACAAAGAUUAUUGUUGGCCUCAUUAUAUGGGCAUGGAGUUGGGACGCUUGCUUAAAUUAACAAGUGAAAGUGAUUUAGCUCCCAUGGGUUGUCGAAUUCAUGCUUUCGGAGAGGCGUCCAAUGUUGUUGCUGCUGGUAUUCGUUUAUAUUGUAUCCAGUCAGGUCUGGUCAGUUUGGAUAGGAAGGUUCCAACUAUUAAUUGUAACCAGUCAAAUUAUCGAAGUAAUGUACCAGUUUCUGAUGAAAGUAUUUUAACUCCUAACAAUCCAUUAAAAAUGUUGGGCUCACAAUCAUCAUCAUCUACGUCAUUGCCAACUACUUCUGCACGUCCACCACCUUUGGUUCUUGUAUUCAGUCGUGAUCUGGACUACGUAACGCCUCUUUUGGUUCCAAUGACAUUUGAAGCUCUGGUUCACGAAGUUGUUGGGAUAGAAUUAGGUCAAGUUGAAUUACCUCCAGAAUGUACUGAUGAAUCGACACCACAGAAACAAAUUCUUGACAGCGCAAAACUACACUACUACAAAGAUAUUAGAGAUGUCCAUAUAUCUCGUGUUCAUUCAUUACUUUUGGAUUGGCGUGGUAAACUUCAAGAUUCACGUGGUGAUUUAGAAAUGCAAUUGGUUAGUCAAAAAUCUACUGUUCAGCACAAACAACAUUCUAGUCCAAACUUAAUUCAGACUACUAGUACUAUUAAUAACACCUAUAAUUUGCGGAAUAUUAGUACACGUCUAGGUCCAUUUUUAGCUAAAAGACGUGAAUUGUCAUUUCUGUUAGCAUGUUUAGAACAAGUGUUAUGUGCAAUGACACUUAAAGAACGUGUAGAAGAUCUACGUACAGCACAAAGUUUAUUAUUACAAUCCGGUAGCGGGGGGGCUCUUGCAAUUGGUCAAGUUGGAAUUCCCUCUAUUGAUGAUGACAAUGAUGAUGAUGACUCUAAUGCUGCUGAUAGUAAACGAAAAUUUACUCCAGUUUCAAUUGGUGGUUCAUGUGGUAAUUUGGCGGAUGUAUUAAAUUCUUUACCUAUGCGUUUAGCUAUCGAAUGGUUGACUACACACCAUGGUGAUCAUCUAAUUGAUGGGCUCCGUCUGGUUGCAUUGAAUUGUGUUUUACAUGAUGGAUUAGGUGAUGAAUUGUACGAGGUAAUGAGUCGUGCCAUAAUACAUGCUGCUGGUCAAAUCACCUUUCCUAUGCUUGAAGCGUUAUCCUCACUUGGGUUAUUAUAUCCUCGUUCUAAACUCCCUGAAAUAUCAUCUACAAAAACAUCUAUUACAAACAAUCAUCCAACUGACCCACAAUCAAGCAUGUUUGUGGCGCAAACAAAUAAUUCGACAAAAAAGUCCAGUCAUUCACUAACUCAUACUGUUGCCAAGUUAAAAUUAACACAACGACAAAAAUCUCGCUACAACUAUCUACAUCAUUUGUUACAGUUGAGCAAUUGGAAACAGGCCAAUAGACAUGUUGAUCGUACGGUUAUUUCACCUACAUAUGUUUAUUCUGGUCAACAUUGCCCUUUAGUUGUUCGACUUUUAGAAUCUGUUUGGUCAGCUGGUCUUUUAGACUCGAAAUUUCAAUCUGUUAAAUCAAACUCUUCCGCUGCUGAGCAAAAUCAUUCAGACUUUGAACUAAUUGCUCAGCCACAAUUAAUUGAAGCACUUAAACGAAUGGGUCUCCCAUCUGAAGUUGCUUCAAAUUUGGGUCUCGUUAAUCUCUGUGAUCCAACAUUAACAGCUGCAGGGUAUCAGCAUGAUAUAUUUUUUAAGAAGAACCGUCAAAAUGCCCCACCUCCACAUCCUUUACCUCUUGUAAGCACUGAUCAACCUAUUGUCGUAGCAUUUCCUGGCGGUUGUACAUAUGGUGAAGUUGCAGCUCUUAGAUUUGUUGCUAAACGGAGAAGAUGGAAUCUACUUAUUGCUACAUCGUGUAUGCUUACAUCGCGAGACUUGUUGCAGCAAGCUGGAAAAGCAGCAAUGAAUGUGAACUCUCUAUAGGUUUUAAAAUUUCUUGUCAGGCAUUCUUUUGAUUGUUUCCUCAAAUUUUUGAUGUUGGAAUCUCCACUUUCAGGUUCUUUAUGAUGGCCUAGAAUUGAGUGUUUUCAGUUUUAUUGUUAUUUGUUCUACUCAAAUAAGGAAUUUUUUUGUCAUAUAGGUUUCUUGUGUAAAAACUACUGACUUUUUUUGUUAAAUAUGUGAUUUGUAUGAAACUAGUGUUUUUACACAAUAAAAGCUCAUUUCUACAUUCACUCCCUGUUACCAGUGUUAUCCAAAAAAUGCAUUUUUAUUACUUUUUUGCAAUAUUUCCGACAAUAAUUUUGUUUGUUUUUCCAAAAUUAUUUUUGCACUUUAGUAAUUUUCAUUCUUUCUCCCAAUAAAUUAUAUUUUUCUGUAAUACAGUCUUGUU